GUGGGACCAGCACGUAAUGUGUCUGUCAAUUAAUGAUAAGGUGAAAAGGUCUGGAGGGGCAGGCUGUAUUUCCCUGCAGUGUAUUGGACAAGCACACCAUAGGGCAGCUGAGUUGAGGAGCACACACAAUGAGGGAGAACAACAAUAUUCAACUCAAGAAUGGAAACCUGGCCAAUGGGAACGGCGUGUGCAACCAGGCGUUUGAAAUAGAGGAGGACUACAUUGAGGAUACUGGCAGCAAGAAAAAGCAAGCCGAACCAUCUAGAAAGAGACUGGGCUCAUAUUUAAGUCAAAUUUCCAGGCCGAUUAUUGCCACCGAGGAUUACCUGAAAGCUCACUCCCAAACCUUUAAGUACACAGUCUUGGGCAUACUUGGAGGAGGAUAUGUGGCGUACUUUGUUACAGCCUGUGUUUUGGAUUUCCAGAGGGCCACAGCCCUGGUGGUCCUCACAUGUUUGGCAGUUUUGUCUAAAUCCUAUGACCUAGUGAAGAAGUACAAAGGGGAUAGUAUCAGUCGUUGUUUCAGACCUGCAUUGAAAUGCUUCAAAUCCAAUUUAAAGUGGAUUAAAUGGGUCUUCAUCGUCAUUGUGGUGCUGCUUCUUGUGCUGUGGCUGGUCCUAGACACAAGCCAACGCCCUGAGCAGCUUAUCUCUUUUGGAGGCGUAUGCAUGUUCAUCCUGCUCGUGUUCGCCUGCUCGGCACACAGGACAGCGGUGACAUGGAGACCAGUGUUUUGGGGUCUUGGCUUGCAGUUCUGUAUUGGACUUUUUGUCAUCAGGACACAUCCUGGACUCAUUGCUUUCCAAUGGCUUGGGCGACAAGUACAGAUCUUCCUGGACUACACCAAAGAAGGUUCCUCAUUUGUUUUCGGAGAUUUGAUCGCAGGAAUCUUUGCCUUUCAAGCUCUGCCUAUCGUUGUGUUCUUCAGCAGCGUGAUGUCAGUGCUUUACUUUCUGGGCAUAAUGCAGUGGCUCAUUCUAAAGAUCUCAUGGGUUAUGCAGGUAACGAUGGGGACCUCUCCUACAGAGACCUUGAGCAUUGCAGGCAAUAUAUUUGUCGGCCAGACAGAGGCCCCGCUGCUGAUUCGGCCCUACUUAAAGGACAUGACCAAGUCUGAGAUCCAUGCUGUCAUGACGGGAGGAUUUGCCACCAUUGCCGGAAGCGUCAUGGGCGCAUUCAUAUCAUUUGGGAUUGAUGCGUCCUCCUUGAUAUCAGCUUCUGUUAUGGCUGCUCCAUGUGCGUUGGCCAUGUCCAAGCUGUCUUACCCAGAGACAGAAGAGAGCUCCUUCAAGUCAGAGAAGAAUAUCAAAGUAGCUUGUGGAGAUGAGCAGAACAUCCUGGAGGCAGCCAGCAGUGGAGCAUCUGCAUCCAUAGGCCUGGUUGCCAACAUUGCAGCAAACCUCAUCGCCUUUCUCGCUAUCCUUGCCUUCAUUAAUCAAGCUCUGAGCUGGCUCGGAGGGAUGGUGGGGUAUCCUGAUGUCACAUUUCAGUUAUUUUGCUCAUACAUCUUCAUGCCCGUGGCAUUCAUGAUGGGAGUCCCGUACGAGGAGAGCUUUACCAUUGCAGAGUUGAUUGGCAUCAAGCUUUUCCUCAACGAGUUUGUGGCCUACGAGAAGUUAUCUGCAUUGAAGAGCAACAGACUCAACGGGCUGGAUGCAGUUGUUGGCGGGCAAAGACAAUGGGUUUCAGUGCGGUCAGAAAUAAUCACCACUUUUGCUCUGUGUGGCUUUGCCAACUUUAGCUCCCUCGGCAUCAUGAUUGGUGGCCUCUCCUCUAUAUGCCCAUCUAGAAGAGGUGAUGUCUCAGGUCUGGUGUUGCGAUCCAUGAUCACGGGCACGUGUGUGUCGCUUGUCAAUGCUUGCAUCGCAGGAAUUCUUUUUGUCCCUCCUCUCGACUGUGUGAACUUGUUCAGGGAAUCUGUUUUUAAUGGAACAGAUGCUAAUAUACAAACCUGCUGCAACGACCUCUUUGCCAGCGCUGUCAACAACGGGACCAUCUCAUUUGAAGGCUCAUGGAGCACAGUCGCAAACGCCACUGUGUUUUUGUCCAAGUGCUGCCAGUGCUGCGGCCUUUCUCAAGAUGUGCUUUGUAUGUAGAGGAAGCAAACAUCUAUAUCCUUCUCACCAGUUCAGUUACACUGGUUUCCACUUCCGAUACUUAUGACAUACAGUAUGUAGAAAUGUAGAUUAUGCACACAUAAAACACACAUUUUAACUUAAGUUUACCUUCUGGCAUUUUAUAUAAGACACAAUCACUAAACUAAGGCAAUUUAUCGUUUUAAGCAUAUUAAAUAGGAUAGUGUCUUAUAUUACAUUUUCAACUUUAGACUACAAAUAACAAAAGAAAUAUACUUUUAAAGAUUUUCCUAUCUUUUAUAGUGUAUUACAAACAGUAGUAUGUCUUAAUAUAAAUGUGCAUCUUUCAUGUAUUAUAUUGUAAAUUUGGAUUUUUUUUUAAAAGACCUCAGGAAACAUUUGAUGAAUGUAAAUAUGAAUGUAAAAUCCUGAAUGUUUAGUCAUUUCACAUUGUUCAAAGAAUCAAUUAUGAAGUGUAUAGUUGUACUUUGUGGAAAAAAUAAACAAAAAAGACCAAAUGAAUCCUACUCAUAAAACAAAAGGUUUUACAUUUUUAUUAAAAAUAUAAUGACUUUGACAUGGUGUAACAUAGUAAACAUUAAAUAGGCACAUUUACACUUCUUUAUCUCUCACCCACUUGCUCCAGCGCACAUUUUUUCCCACACUAAAUACAAUAUUAAGCCCUUUUUUGUGUUUAAUGUACAGCUACACCAUCCAAGCAUUUGAAACAACAGUGUUUUUUCAUUUUUAUUCGAUUUUUUUCAUGCAAGUGAAUAUUGUUUGAAACAAUGUGAGUGGCUCAUUUGACGAUUCCUGUUAGUUAUUAACCAAGAAUCUAUUCCACACAUUUCCGACGCUUUGAUGUAUGCUAUGUGCGGAAUUUAAAAACCAAACUCUUCCUGCCUUUGGAAAACACGUGGUAACUGCUACAAGAGAUAAGAAAUGCUCAAGUAUGUGUGGUGUUGCUAUAAAUAUGUGUCGUAUUGUGCUGACUGCUAUGGGUAACGUACAUGAGGGGCUUUGCAUAGCCAAAUCCGUGUGAAAAAUCCUGAGUCUGCUGUUUUUAAUGCUACUUUGCCCAGUGUGUUCAUGGGUCAGGUCCAGAUAACAGCGUUGGAACAAACUCAGCAGCUUUUUAGCUGCCAACAUACUCCAUAUAAACGAGCUGCAUCAUAGCAUAGUUGAUCUAUAAGCACCU